CAAUGCUCAUCCUAAAGGUGUUCCAUGUUUAGAACUUAGAAGUGCUGUGCAUAAAUGCUCACACAAGAGCAGCCGCUGGAGCUUUGGAAGGUCUCAAGGUCAAGUGAUCCAAGGCUUGGCCUCUGACGGCUGACAGAUGCAUACCGUCAGGCUCGGCAUCAGGUGUGGUAAAGAUGAGAAAGCCCGGUAAGAAAUGCAAGGAGAGGGAUGCUUAUCACCACUGGAAUCACUCGGAUGAGCAGGAAAGGUAUUUCUUCAAGGUUAUGACGGAUGAUUUCAGUGAACGACUGGGCAUCCCUGAUAAGUUCGUGCAACAUUUCAGAGGGAGAAUAGCAAAAACUGUUAAGCUAGAAUCACGCACCGGGUGCACUUUUAAUGUCGAAGUAACCAAGAGUUUGGGCAAAGUAGUUCUUCAAACUGGAUGGAAAGCAUUUGUUUGUGCCCAUGACUUGAAAAUGGGGGAUUUCUUGGUAUUCAGGUAUGAUGGGACUUCUCGGUUGAAGGUUUGGAUCUUUGAUCUUAGUUGUUGCGAGAAAAUGCCUCCAUGUCAUGUCAUGAGAAGUCCUAUCCGUGGCGGAGGAAAGGGGGAAGAACAAAUUGAGAUUUCAAGAAGCUGUGAUGAUCUUCCCAUGGAAUCAACUGAAAUUAAAAGUAAAGCUUGGAAGCAAAGGGAGGGAAGUAUGAAUCUUAACACCAGUUCAACAUCCUCAUCCGACUCAUCAGGAGAUUCUCUCUCUCCAGAAGAUCAGAAAUCACAUUCUGUUCCAAGUUAUAUCCUCCCACAGCGAACCUAUCUUACCUGUGUGCAGAAGAAGAAAUUGAAAGAAAGAGUCCGAGCUAUUUGUUCCAAAACCCCCAUCUACGGGUGUGUCAUGAAGAAGAGCAGUAUUGAUGCAAAACCUCAAACUAUGGUAAACCAGGAAGCUUUGUUCUUGGAUUGGACAUAUCAAGAGAAUAUGCUGAUGUAUAUCUUCCAUUCGAGGACCAAACACUGUUGCUUCAACAUCGUGGAAAGAGUUGGGAAGUGGGGUGUCGCAUUAAUAUUCACAAAAGCAAUUCCGGAACCAAAAGGCUUUCGAAAGGAUGGAAACAGUUUGCUCGUGACAACAAUUUGCAGCUGGGAGAUCUCUGCCUCUUCGAGCUACUGGAAAACAAGAAGUACACGAUGAAUGUUCAUAUCAUUCGCAUAAAAUGAAAUUGGACACGCAACUAACACUAUUGGUACCAACUUUUGCAAUGGUGGCAGUGCUGCUUUUGAGGUCUGAUAAGCGCCUAACUUGCUGAUUCCUGGCCUGUCCAUCCUCUGAUUUGGUGCUUGGUUACCCAUGUUGUGCCCAAGUUCAAACUGGUCCACUUGUAAUCCAUCUAUGUUUUUGUUUCUGUUGCUAUGCAAAAUUAGCUACUGUAAGUCUGUAACAAGUAUUGCUGACCUGCUCUGAUGUCCCUUUUGGCCCCAAA